CGUGUCGCCCUCGCUCCGAUCUGGACCGUCCAUCCAUUCGACCAGCGCCAUCGCGUCCGUCCAUCCGUUCCACGCGGCGACGCCUCCCCGGCCCCGCCAUUAUUAAAUGCCGCUUCUCUUGCUCUUGCUCAGCUCAGCUCAGCUCAGCGCCUUCACACCGCGACAGCAAUGGCGCCGCCAGGGAAGUCUCCCCUCCUCCCCCUCCUCGUCUCCUCCGUCGCGCUGCUGCUGGUAGCCUCAUCCGUCGAGUGCUACAGCGGGGGACACGACGUGACGCGGUCGGCCGUCGCCCGGCGCUCCGGGGAGUACGUGCGCCGUCGCCGGACCGCCGUGCCGGUGCCGCAGCACAGGUACGUGCUCGCCGAGAAGAGCAACUCGACUCGUGCGGCGAACCACACCGCUCCUGCGGCGUCGAACUCGACGCCUCCUUCGACGGCGGAGCCCGCGGCGGAGGCCGGGAAGCGCCACCGCAGCCACAAGCACCGGGUGCGGAACUGGAUCAUCGGGUUCGUGGUCGGGUCCCUCGCCGGCGUCAUCUCCGGGCUGGCGACGUCGGUGCUGUUCCGUACGGCGCUCAACUGCGUGCGGGGCCGGUACCGGAGCAAGUCCGACACAGUGAUCUUCACCCCGAAGCUGAUCAAGAACAAGGAGCACCUGGCGUUCCUGGAGAAGGAGGACGGGCUGGCGUCGCUCGCCGUGAUCGGGCGCGGCGGGUGCGGCGAGGUGUACAAGGCGCAGCUCCCGCCGGAGCGGGAGGGGGAGGCGCCGCGGUUCAUCGCCAUCAAGAAGAUCAAGAAGCGCUCCGGCGACGGCUCCGGCCAGAACAACAACAACCUGAGCGACGAGGAGAGCCGGCAGCUGGACAAGUGGACGCGGCAGAUCCAGUCGGAGAUCCGGACGGUGGGGCACAUCCGCCACCGCAACCUCCUCCCGCUCGCCGCGCACGUGCCGCGGCCGGACUGCCACUGCCUCGUCUACGAGUUCAUGAAGAACGGCAGCCUCCACAACGCGCUCAAGGCCGAGCCGUCGACGACGACGGACGACGGCGGGCCGGCGCUCCUCUGGCCGGCGCGGCUCCGCAUCGCCGUCGGCAUCGCGGCCGGGCUGGAGUAUCUCCACGUCUCCCAGCGGCCGCAGAUCAUCCACCGCGACCUGAAGCCCGCCAACAUCCUCCUCGACGACGACAUGGAGGCCCGCAUCGCCGACUUCGGGCUCGCCAAGGCCAUGCCCGACGCGCACACCCACAUGACCACCUCCAACGUCGCCGGCACGCUGGGCUACAUCGCGCCGGAGUACCACCAGACGCUCAAGUUCACGGCCAAGUGCGACGUGUACAGCUUCGGCGUCAUCCUGGCGGUGCUCGGCACGGGCAAGGAGCCGACGGACCCGUUCUUCACGCAGGUGGACGACGUCGGCAUCGUCAAGUGGCUGCGGCGGGUGAUGCAGGACGGCGACCACGCCGGGCUCAUCGACGGCGCCAUCGCCGGCGCAGGGUACGACGAGCAGAUCCUCCUCGUGCUCCGCAUCGCCGUCUUCUGCACCGCCGACGACCCCAAGGCGCGCCCCACCGCCAAGGACGUCCGCUGCAUGCUGUCCCAGAUCAAGAACUAGAUACACUACACUACUCCAUUAAUUAGAACUAAACACACACGUUCUUCGCGUGAAGAACGAGACCAGCAUCGUGAAUUCCUCUGCCCAGUUAGGCAGCGAGAUCGGGUUGGUGUCCAUUAGUCCAUGGAUUUCUUCGGUCCUCUUCGUACUAGUGGUGAUAGUGCUGGGUCGUCGAGUCAAGGUGGCUGGGGGGCACAGUUGAUAUGGACCAUUUGGUGCGUGUUUACUCAGCUGCCGCCCAUGUUUGUUAAGUGAUUAGUUUAAUUAUACAAUGGAUUAAACUAAAA